GCAGAGGGCGUCGGAAGUCGUGUGGUUGUCGUCUGCUGUUUGCCGCCGUCUGGGUAGACGUUACGUUGUCGUGCUUUGUCGUCGUUAGUUGCCCUUGCGAGAACGGUUGUGUUACAUGGCCGACGUGCUCCGCAAGCUGCCGCUGGUCCUCUUCGUCGUGAUUCUGCUUGUAGUUGUCGUCUUUGUUCAGGUGUGCAUAUUAGGGAGGUUGCCUUCACGUACUCGCAGGAAACGAGGGGUGAGGAAGAGCGUGGCCAUGGACGGGCGGCGGCCGAAUCUUGCCACGUUGUCGGACACUUAUCCCAGCCACCGGCCUGCGAUCUGCACCGGUGUAGACAGAAGGGCGGAAGGUCCGUCGACGUACGAAGGACUCCCGCCUCACAUGCAGCCUCUGCCCGAUUCGGACGAGGGGGAGGCGGACGUGGACGUGUCCAACACAGUUCCGCUGGGUAGCGGGUCGACCCAGGAAUGGACGGGUACCCAGUUGUUUGAUGGGCGCGGAGCGAAGUACAGGCAGUCGUUCACUUCCCUCCUCCACGAAGGUGCCCAGGAAGAGGAACACCUCCCCCUUGUGGAUCUCACAUUUGGCCUGCGGAGCGGGAGCCCAUCUUCUGUCACGCGCACUGUGCUCGUGAACCCUCAUCCCGACGACGACGCGGGGCAGGUGACAUUGGUCGGCAGGGGCACGAGGGGUGGUUCUGCGCGUCAGGAGACGUCCGAGAAGACGAGGGAGCGGCCUCAAGUGCAGGCGACUUCUGGCCCGUCAAUUCCACGCACCACCGCUGGUCGCCCUGAGUGGAUGAACCCCCCUCCUGCGUUCUCCAGGGGCCACGACACCGUUCCUCGUCCAGUUGAACGGGGUGUGAGUGCUGAAGACUUCCCUUUCGAGGGCACGCGUGGAGAUGGCAGGUGGGUAUGGAAGGAGUCGAGGCAGGAGUUGCGGCGGCAACAAGAAGAGUCCAUAACGCAAGGUGUGCAACGAUUACGUGUGGGCGAGCGGGCUGGGCAAGCAGACGCGGUUGGCGGGGGGGGUGACGUCUGGACAGACGGUAACGAAGUUGAGUGCGACACUGAGAAGGACGACAGCGGCGACGUGUUCCCGUUGCAUGCGCCGAACAUGGGUGGCAGGGGCGGCAGAGGCAGGGCUUCGACGAAUGCUGGGCAGAGGCGGAAGAGGCCGUCGGCGGCCUCUGCUGAUGCGGAAGGUGAGGGGGAUGGGUUGGGUGGCCGAAAUUUCUGGUCUGUGGAUCACAUGGUGGCCCUCAUAAGGGCGAAGCGGGAUCAGGACGCCCAGCUGCAAGCGGCGGGGCACGCAUUCGCUCGGAUGCGGUCGAGGGAGUGGAAAUGGUUGAACGUCCGGGAAAGGUUGCUAAAGGUCUGUGUUGACAGGCCGACAGACAAAUGCGGGAAGAAAUGGGAUAAUCUCAUGCAACAGUUCAAAAAGAUCCACACUUUCAUGGGCAUGUCGGGGAAGAAGGACUUCUUCCAGUUGACGAGUCAGCAGAGGGCAGAGAAAGGAUUCAGCUUCAACAUGGAUCGGGCCGUCUACGAGGAGAUCAAAGGGGCGAAGGAGAGGAGCCACACUAUCAGCCCGAGCAAUGUUGCAGACACCGGUGGCGCAGGAGGUGAUCAACUCCCAUCUGCUCAGUCGGCGACUCCGGAGUCUGUGGGUGACGGGGAUGCCGCUGGAGAUGGCAACGACGAAGACGACAGCUCGGCGCGUGGGGCCUCACAGACGACUGGAAGUCCAGCCCGGUUUCGGAAGAGGAAAAACGUGCGGCAGCAGACAUUCGAAGCCUUAAGCGAGUGCAUGGAGAAGCAUGGGGCGUUGAUGGCAUCGACGAUGGAGAGCGCGAGCAUGAGGCAAUACGAGGCGAUGGAGAGCGCGAGCAAGAGGGAGAGGGACUCUCAGAAAACGGAAGCUGCCGGCGUCGUGAAGCGGGGGAGGCAUCAGGCGAAGAAGCCCAAGGCAUCAAGCGGCGGUGCUCUGGUGAUCGGGAGGUCCGCGUGGGAAGAAUGGGUUGACGAGGCCAGCAGCGGACAGGACGACGAUUUCGAAUCGGAGGCGGACACGUUUCAUGCGAGGAAAGGGACCUUGCGUGACGUGUCGAACGCGAGAAUGGUGAGCGGAGAGGAGGGCGUCGACGGUGGUAAAGAUGGGGGUCACGGGGUUGCGCGAGGCAAGGGUGAGGCGACCGGCGACGUGGGAGGUGGUGUUGCUGCCAGGGAGGUUUGUAGCCAGCCGACGACCCUUGCCAUGCGCGGCGCCGUGCCGUCGAAGGACGUGCAGGCCGCCCAGGACGUCGUCAGGGGACAGCUUGCAACGCGCAUUCCCGCAAAGGAAGCUGCAACGGUGGGAGCCGUCAUUGGUACAUCGACGGCAGGCACGGGGGGGGGCGGUGGCGACGGUCGUGAUGAUGCUGAUGACGACGAUCCCCUCAUUAACAGGCAGAGGCGGUCCGGAAACAUGACGGCUCUGGAGGCGAAAGCGAAACUGUGGGUAGACGAUCUGCGUUUCUGGAACGAGACGGAGGGGCAUGGGAUAUUCAAGAUCACCCAGGAGACACGCCUGCACCUCAUCGUCAUCGCGAAGGGUGUGAAACCGCCGGGGAUCAGAAAAAGCGUUGUCCUCCCGAACGCCACGAUUCCUCAGCAGAAGCUGGAAGACUCGUCGGAGUUGGGGGCCGCGAAGGAGAGGGCUUCGAGGGUGCAGACCAUAGCGUUGCGCAUCAUCCAUGGGUGGAUCUUCAAGUCCCCCAAUCGUGCGCGUGGGUACCACUGCUCGUACGGCUAUGUGCUGAACCACGUCGCCACAGACCUCGCCCGCGCCAUCUGGUUUGGAGAGGACUGGCGGGUAUGUGUGAGUCCGGCGGUCGUCCAUAACACCUUGGAGCUUCAUAUGAAGCUCCCCAUCUGGUACGUAGGUGGCGUCAUACAUGACAGGCACGAGGACGACGAAAUGGCGUUGUAUCAGGAGUCCACAAUGCAGCGUCUCGUAAGAGCUUUCACGAAUGCUGUUGACACGGGGGAGGGGGUAGACGACGGGCGGAUAUCGUACGAGAGGCUGAGGAACGUAGCUGACUGCAUGCGCCUUUUGUUGUCUGCCGCCAUGUGGAUCAUGUGGAUGGCGGGAGAUAAUCUCCGUUCGCACUAUGAGGCGUCCCAUCUUGUGGAGCUCAUUGCGAAAUCGACGCUCAUUGCGUCGCUGCAUCGCUCGUUCGACGCUCGCCGCCAUGUUCUGCAGUGUGUCAAUGCAGUAACGGAGAAAAUGGGGAAGCCCCCCAUGACGUUGGUCGACCCUCCGGUGUACAUCCCCGACUGGGCGCUGUGGACGACUACGGAGAAAAUGGGGAAGCCGGCCGCCCCUGCUGCUGAUGACGACGAUGAUGUCGACGAUGAGGACGUUGAUGAUGAUGGUGAUGAUGGUGAUGAUGGUGAUGAUGGUGAUGAUGGUGAUGGUGAUGAUGAUGGUGAUGAUGGUGACGAUUAUGAUGAUGAUGGUGAUGGUGAUGAUGACGAUGAGGACGUUGAUGAUGACGAUGAUGAUGGUGAUGAUGAUGAUGGUGAUGAUGACGAUGAUGAUGAUGAUGACGAUGUUCACGAUUAAAGAGGAUGAUGACGACGACGAUGAUGAUGACUAAGGUGGUGAUGGUGAUGACGACGAUGGUGGCGACGACGACGAUGUCAUCGACGAUGUUGGGGACAGGAGUUGGCAUGGCGUGUGAAUAGUCGUUGCGCUAGUUUCGUAGACUGUCUUCUACUUCCUUUGCGUUGAGUCGUUUCCUGUUGUCAAAGCGGUUGCCGAGUACGGGUGAGAGCUCGGUUUCAUCUAGCUGACAGCAAAGUGUAGUCGACAUGCACAUCUUUUCAUUCAAGGGGCCAGUCAUCGGCGAAUGUGCGGUGUCAUUAAUGUCCAUCGUGUCUAUGCGCAUCAUUGAUGCUAAUUUGAUAUCGUGUGCUAUGGCGAACGUUCGUUUUAUAUCGCAGACGUGUUUUCUUAUGUUUGUUCUUUCCGAUCGCAAAGCUUCCAUGUAAAGUUGUGGGUGAUAAGGUGAAUGAAUUCUGCGUGAGAGA